UUUUUGACUGACGUGCUUCUGUUAUUAUAAUAUUAUAAUGAGGUAUACCUAAUACCUAUAUCUGCUCUUGCUCAUACUAUAAAGACCAAAAACUUCUAGAGUUGGUUAAACUGUAGCUUAUACUAUAUUCUAAUUGCAGAUGAAUUUUGCAGAAGCAAACUAGUAUCCAAUAUUUGGUCGCCUAUAAGUGUAUUUUAAAUUAUACAGUCAGCAGCAACCAUGGGCAAAAUAUUUCUUGAACAUAGUGGAGGCUCCCGACUUUUCUCAUGCGCCAGAUGUGACACCUCCCUCACUAACAGAUCUGAGUUGAUCUCUACACGAUUCACUGGAGCCACCGGACGUGCUUUUCUGUUUAACAAGGUGGUGAACUUGAUUUACAGUGAUGUACAAGACAGAGUGAUGUUGACAGGAAGGCAUAUGGUACGCGAUGUAGCGUGUAAAAACUGCAAUGAAAAACUCGGUUGGAUGUAUGAGUACGCAACUGAAGAAAGUCAACGAUAUAAAGAGGGGAGAAUAAUCCUGGAGCGUGCCCUUGUUAUGGAAAGCGAUGGUUUUGAUGAAACACCAAAACCAUCAGCUCUAAGCCAUAGUAGACAUCGAGAUAAUGUUGAUUGAUGAUCUUUGUAUUGUAAUGUGUUUUUCCUAACUUGUGCCUUUGUUUCCGCUUAUGCUCAUUGUAUAAUUAUUUAUAUGUGAUACAAAUGACUGAAACAUGAAGACGCUGCUUCUCAAUCUGCAUAUUGUUUGUUCAGAUGUUUAAUACUUAUAUGUUGAUCAUUAAGUAUAAAUUUCAUUCAUGUAUACUAAUAAAUUUGACUGUAGUGCUCUAAUGGAGUUGCACUACAGAUUGACAGCUCUGUGCAAUCAGGUGAAAAAUAUUGCAUAAAUAAAACUGUCUAAUGCUGACAA